GUUCCCCGCCGUUUGAGAAAGCAGGAGUCUUGUCAGGAUGUCGCCUUCAUAAUAUCACAAAAAAACACGUAUUUUAAUGUCGGGAUACGCGGCGACUUUUAUUAGCAUUUAUUUGAAUAUGUAGUUGUUUAAUAACCUUUUUUUUUAGUUUAAUUAAUCGGUUGUCAUGUUACUUCCUUCUGACGUCGCUCGGCUUGUUUUGGGGUAUCUUCAGGAAGAGGGGCUGCCUGCUACAAGCCGAGCCUUCAUCCAUGAGAGCCCGAACCUGAAGGAGUAUGCCGAGCACACCACAGGGGAUGGCACCAUCCCUGCUUGUGUUUUUUCUAUUUUUGGGAAGGGACUAACAGCCAUCUUGAACGAGUAUGUGGCUGCUAAAUCGAAAGAGUCCAGACAUGAAGUUCCUCUUGUGAUGACAUCAUUAUGGAAAAAGCUAGAUUUUACCAUCAACCAAAUCAAGUCUUUGCAGAAUUCUCCUGCUAUUUCUUCAAGUCAGAGAACACGUUCACGCAUCGGGUUGGCAAACAUGGCGAGGCAGCAGGUUCUCACUGUGACAUCUUCGAGCAGUGUGCUCUGCUCCUCUGUUUCUGAAACCAGCUCCUUCAUCGGCCCUGCGCACACUUCCCACUGCAUGCUGGGCCACUCCACUCCUGUGAGCUACAGCAGCCCUCUGAGCCGACCAGCACCAAGCAGUGGGGCACAGCAGCCGGUCCAAGAUGGCAGCCGGUUACUCAAUACACCCCGAGAUUCACCCAUACAAGUAGUUGUCACAGAGCAUCGGCUCACUUCAGGCCCAGUCUCUCCUGGUCGAAGGAAAUGGGACACUCCCAGGAAGAGAGGAGGUGCAAGCGGGUCGGGUGGUCCCAGCAAAGCUGCAGUGACUGCCAGUAGUCAACCUGCUGAUGCACAGCCUGAGGAGGUCGUCAAUGAGAACUUCCCACAACUUGUGAUACAAAAUGCUCGCGACAAGAUAUUGGGGGACAGGUCGCUUCAAGAGAAGCUUGCUGAAAACAUCAACAAAAUCCUCGGCAGUGACGCAGUACCCCAAACCUGCAAGUCCUCUUCCAGCGCAGUGGAGCAAGACCAAUCUAUAGAUGAGAUUCUAGGAUUAGAGGGAGAAAUCCAUAUGAGUGAUGAUGCCAUCCAUGACAUUUUGGAGCAAACAGAGUCCGACCCGGCUUUUCAGGCCCUCUUUGAGCUCUUCGAUUACCAUAAAAAUAAAAAUGCAGAUGGAGAUGCAGGGGAGUCCGGUAAUACCUGCAGCGCAGUAGAGAAUGAGACAGUCGGACCCUCUGCUGCUGUUCAGGUCCUUCAAAAUACUGAUCCAGCUCCUGCUCAUCAGGAUGCGGUGGUUUCAGAUGCAGCAUCAGGAAUGCUGAAAGGGAGACCAGGACAGGAGCGUAAAACCAGAAAGCCUCCAGCACCAACAGUGUUAAGGAAAACCUUUUUGGACUCUGGCGACAGAGCUUCCAGAAUCGAGAACAGCUCGCCCAGGCUGCUAGUAAGCCAAGGGGAGCAAAGAGGCCCCUCGUCUGCUUCAGGAGGCUCCGCCAGGAGACAGAAACCCUCGGAUAACGGCAGCGCAACAUCGAUGGAUAUUGAUGAACCUCUAAACACGCCGCCGCCUCCUGUGGACAUUGUCCCCUCUCUGGAACCCCCCUCAAAGGAAAACACGUCCACCCCAGUUGUGCUUUGUAAAUCUGACUCUGUUCCCUCAUCCAAAGACCCAACCUCCAUCGGUGAAGACGGAUCUGCCUCAGAUGUUGACAGGAACCCUCAGCAGCACCAGGCCAAAGGAUCAAAAAGUCAAACUGAUCCAGCAGCUGCAGGUGAUCAGCCUGAGGUUGUUUCCACUGUGGCGGUUCGGAUUAACAGCCCUGCUGCAGCGACUCCCAGCCAGCCUGAGGUUUUAGUUUCUGGAGGAGACGGUGUAGCAGUGUGUCAGGCCUCUGCACCAUGUGCUUCCUCUACUGCUGCUCCUGUUUCUGCUUCAUCCACAUCUGCAGCUCCUCCUGCAACAACUACCUCUCCUGCCUCCUCCUCUAGUGUUACAGCAACACAGAGUCCUCCUACCACCAACCCGUCUACCCCUCGUAAGCAGGGGGAACCGAACAUCGUGUCUUUGAAGAUUAUCCUCAGCGAGAACCAGGAUGGAGAUACUUCCAGAGACACAGCCAUAAAUCAAGCAGUUUCAAGUAUUUCCCAAGAAAAGAUCCCCACUAUCUACCUCUCUUCACCUGUAAAAUCUCCGGGCUGUUCCUCUACUCCGAAGGCUAGCUUUGACGAGGUGGCACAGGCAGUGAGUGGCCUCCAAAGGUCAGAGGGGUGCGCCAGCCCUCUUGUCUGUAAAGCCGGAGGAGUAAACACAUCUCCAAUAAAAGCGACGUCUCAGGCGCAGCAGAGCUACAUCAUUCAGCUCCCGGUGGACAGCUCCAACCCCAGCCUCCAAGGAUCCACUCCCAGCUAUAUAUUUGUGGCUCCAAGUCCAGAUGUCCAAGCCAGACCUGUGCUGCUUCCUGCUGGAGUCCCAAACGGACAACCUUUACCCGCCAAUCAGCAUGGAGUCGCCACACAGAGCUUCUCCGCAGGACCAGCGCUUAUAUUACCCUCUCCCGUAAAGCCUGUUGUGUUUCCCGUUUCUGUCUUGGGACAAAAUCCAAUUGGAAACAUCCGUGUUGUUUCCAAUCAGAUGGUUGACAUUAAGAGCUCUAAACCUGUACAGCCGACAGAAAAGGUCAAACCCAAGCCAACAACCACCGCCCCCAAACCGGCUGCAAAAUCAAGAAAUGAGAAAAAAGUUUCUGCUGCAGCUCUUCAGCCUCAACCUUCAGUCCAGAAGGAUUUGACCAAAACAUUCAGUCAUAAAAGGAUUUUAUGUUUUGAAUCUUCAGCAUCAGAGGUUCAAUCUCAAGCUACAAAAACAACUGGGACCCCAACACCUGCUGCGCCAAAGACCUCACAACCCACCCAGGAGUCAGAUAAUAGAGGAGCCGCCUGUCGGACAAAACCCGCCAUCUUAGGCGGCAGCAAACCUAAGAGAAGGGUGGAGACUGUGAGGUGUUCGUCUGACCCCCAGGGUGGAGUUAACUUACUGAAACACGCAGCUUCUUCACAAAAGCAGCGGAGAGAUUCUAUUAAAAAGACGCCUCGCAAACAAAUGCUUGUCAUUCAUGACCAAGAGCCUCAAAAUGCAAACAGUUCCUCACAGCCUGACGCUGAGAAGAAGUCACAAUCAAAGGAGGUGUCCAAAUCUUUUGAGGGUUCACAUGGGCCUAAUGACGAAGAAUCAAAAGCUAAAGAAAGUUGCAGCUCCAGGUCGCCGUCAUCCGACCUGUUAAGAUCAGGAAGCAGAAAGGACAAUGAAGAGAUCAGCAGGAAAGAGGCCGGAGAGAAGAGUUCUUCAAAAUCACGAGAAGCACGAACAGAGAAGAGGUCUUCCUCCCAGGACAGCGUGAAUGUCAGAGCGAACAAGGAGAAUGAAAUGAAAGGUAGCCUGGAAGAUAGGAAACAACAGUCAACAAUGGCCUCCCCAGCAUCCAGAGACUUCAGCCCUCCACCUGUCGCACAGGCCAAGCCUGGAAAGGCUGCGUCAAAAACUAGUUCUCUGGCUAAACAGGCUGCUGAGAUGCUACAAGACCUCAGAGGCCUCAGCUCUCCCUCCAAUCCGCUGAGAAAGGCUGGAGCCGGCACUCCAGAGCUGAGUCUUUCUGAGGCUGAUCAUAACCAGGAAGUUCCUGGUGAUUGUCAGAGGACUCCUUCCGGUCCGAGAAACGCUAAAAACGCAGAGGGGACUCCAAAGCAGCUUUUGCUUCCCAACACCCCAGAUGUGCCAACCUGUAGCCCUGCCAGCGAAGCUGGGAGCGAAAGCAGCAUUAACAUGGCCGCACACACCCUCAUGAUUCUUUCUCGCGCUGCCAUCGCCAGGACAGGCACUCCGCUUAAAGACAGCCUGCGGCAGGAGGAAGCAGGAGAGAAGUCGCCAGCGAGCUCCAAGAGCAAAAAACGCAAGCUCUCCCCAGCCAGAGAGAGUCCUUCUGCCAAGAGAGAAUGCAAGCGAUCUCCCAGCAGCAAGAAGGACAAAGAAAGGAAGAAACUUAUUGAGUGUUUCCCCGACGAUUUAGACGUGGAUAAGUUCCUUUCCUCUCUUCAUUAUGAUGAGUAAAAGUUGGCACAAGAUGAGGAUGGAGUUCACUACCAACCUGGGCUACUGUCCAUAAACGAAGCAAGCAACCUGCUGAGACUGUUUUUAUGGUUCCUAUUGCUAUCCAUGCCUUAGGACCGCAUGUGUUGUGGAACGUCUGUUUGACUGUUCCCUCGUUAUCAAGAGUAAAAUCUUAUUUCGUGAAGCAACAAGGCAAUCAUUGCACUAUUUAGGAUCUGAUUGUUUUAAUUUCAACUUUUCUUUCUUUGCAGUUUGUUAUUUUGGGCGCCACUUCUACAUAGUUAAUACUUGUUGUUAUUGGAUAACUCAAAAUAUUUCUUUGGUCAAUAUUUGACUAAUUUCAUUGAUCCAGUUAGCACUGAGCGACAAAUUUGUUUGUCAAAGUACGUGUUUGAAAAACGUAUGUACCAGUAAUAAAGACAAAUAAAUGGGCUUUUUUCA